GGUUCUGGACCAAAGAGGAAAAGUACACAGGGAAAGAUACAAUUCAUCAAUGAGUUAGUUAGGUAGCUAGUUAGCUAUAGUUUUAGUAGCUAAUGACAAUGAUCGAUGACAAAGACAAUGUUUUUCAUUAUUGAGUAUAAUAGGAUUAGCUAGCUAGUAGCUAACGUUAGCUAAUAUUAACAGUUGAUCGAUUGGCAAACAGGCAAAGCUAGCUAGCAAGCUAACCGUUAGCUAACUAGCAAGCGUAGCUAACUAGUUAGUUAACUUCGAACAAUAUCCUUUUUAAAAACGGGACGUUGGAGGGGGUUAUUUCAAUAUUUCACCCCGACACAGACGGUAAAAACAAAAAAACAUGGCUGUCGGUUUGAAACCCCGACAGGUGGUGCCUCCAUAACAAAAGCGAACUAGUUAGCAUUUCGCGCUAGCUAACGUCAAUGAACGGGGCUUGAGGAGGAGGGGGUUGAGUUGCUUGGCAAAGUACAGUGUUUACUCAAGGUACUCAACUCUGUGGUGGGGCCCCUUAGCUACUAGCUAGCUAGUAUUUCCUGAGUUGGGAGUGUACGGAACAUGAAAUUGUCCUCGCCAGUGCCGUAGUGAUCCCCUUGGUAACGGGAACAGAACCGUUUUCCUUCUACCUCAUCCGUGAUGACAGAGGUGGGAGUGAAGUGGGCCUGCGACUACUGCACCUAUGAGAACUGGCCGUCCGCUGUUAAGUGCACCAUGUGUCGUGCACAGUGUCCCAGCAGCCCCAUAAUCACAAAGGAGACCUACAAUAGCAGCAGCCCCAGCAGUGUUACUAUGGAGCCUGGUUGUGAUUGGCAGGACCCUCCAAGCCCCGAGGGAAGCUGCGGUAGCCUCCUGAUCUACCCAGAUUCCAGUGCCAGGCCCCGUGUCAAGCCUCCCAGCGUGACUGAGAAUAGCUCCAAGUGGUCCUGUCACAUGUGCACCUACCUGAACUGGCCUCGUGCCAUUCGCUGUACCCAGUGUCUGUGUCAGCGCCACCAGAGGACCCCCUGCAGUCCCACAGAGGCCCCCCAGACGUCAGGCACCAACGUGGGCUACCGCCCAGCCCCUCCCCCCAUGGACCCAUGUACAGAGGAGUACAACGACCGAAACAGACUCAACAGACUCAACACCCGAGGUGGUGGUGGUGGUAGCAGCAGUAGCCAGCACUGGACUUGCACUGCCUGUACUUACCAGAACUAUCCCAAGACCCGGAAGUGCAUCGUCUGCGACCACCCCCAACCUCAACCUAACAACCGGGAGGCUAUUCCUAUAGAGCUGGCUGGGCAGUCCGAGGAGGCUCCUUCCUCCACAUCCUCAAACAUCAAUGAACAGGACAGAGAUGGGGCCAGGUGGAGAGGGAGUGGAGGGAGCUGCAGUAGGGGGCUGAGCGGGAGACAGGGACAGGGACUGAGGAUGACCUCUCCACCCACCUCUAAGAGGGAGGCGGAGGUAAAGAUGGACUUCCAGAGGAUUGAGCUGGCGGCCGGGGCAAUGGGCAGCGGAGAGGAGCAGCAUCACCAUCCGGAGAACAUUGACUUCAAGAAGACCAAACAGAUUAAGAACAGGAUGAGGAAAACUGACUGGCUGUUCCUCAAUGCUUGUGCAGGUGUGGUGGAGGGGAACAUGGCUGCUGUCGAGGCCUACAAGUCGUCAGGCGGUGACAUCGCCCGUCAGAUGACUUCAGACGAGGUCCGUCUCCUGAACCGUGCCACUGCCUUCAACGAUGGCUUUACGCUAGUUCACCUGGCCAUCCGCUUCCAGAGACAAGACAUGUUGGCUAUCCUUCUCACUGAGGUGUCCCAGCAGGCAGCUAAGUGUAUCCCUGCCAUGGUGUGUGGUGAGCUGACAGAACAGAUCCGCAGGGAGAUCGCUGCCUCUCUGCACCAACGUAAAGGAGACUUCAACUGUUACUUCCUCUCUGACCUGGUGACCUUCACACUGCCCGCAGACAUCGAAGACCUGCCCACUGCAGUCCAGGAGAAGCUGUUUGAUGAGGUGUUAGAUCGAGAUGUACAGAAAGAGCUAGAGGAAGAGUCUCCCAUCAUCAACUGGUCUUUGGAGCUGGGUACCAGGCUGGACAGCAGACUGUAUGCCCUGUGGAACCGUACACAGGGAGACUGCCUGUUAGACUCAGUACUGCAGGCUACCUGGGGGAUAUACGACAAGGACUCUGUCCUCCGCAAGACCCUCCACGACAGCCUGCAUGACUGCUCUCACUGGUUCUACACACGGUGGAAGGAGUGGGAGUCCUGGUAUUCUCAGAGUUUUGGUCUCCACUUCUCCCUCCGAGAGGAACAGUGGCAAGAGGACUGGGCCUUCAUACUCUCUCUGGCCAGCCAGCCUGGUGCCAGCCUGGAACAGACUCACAUCUUUGUUCUAGCACACAUUCUUCGUCGACCAAUCAUCGUGUACGGAGUGAAGUAUUACAAGAGUUUCCGUGGAGAAACGUUAGGCUACACUCGUUUCCAAGGUGUGUACCUGCCCCUGUUGUGGGAGCAGAGCUUCUGUUGGAAGAGUCCUAUCGCCCUGGGCUACACGCGUGGACACUUCUCUGCCCUGGUCGCCAUGGAGAACGACGGCUACGACAAUCGCGGCGCGGGCGCCAACCUCAACACUGACGAUGACGUAACCGUAACCUUCCUGCCGCUGGUAGACAGCGAGAGAAAACUGCUGCACGUACAUUUUCUGUCUGCACAUGAGAUGGGUAACGAGGAGCAGCAGGAGAAGUUGUUGAGGGAGUGGUUGGACUGCUGUGUAACGGAGGGAGGCAUGUUGGCCGCAAUGCAGAAGUCGUCCCGUCGACGCAACCACCCUCUGGUCACACAAAUGGUGGAGAACUGGCUGGAUGGAUACCGACAGAUAUGUCCCUGCGCCUCUCUCUCCGACGGGGAGGAGGAGGAUGAAGAUGAGUGAAGGAGGGGAAGGACACAGUGACAGACACAGGAGAGGGUGACAGAGGAGGAUAUGGCGUCACUGGAUGGGACUCGAGACCACUAGCAUCCUUCAUACAGUACCAUACGCCUCCUCACCUCAAAGAGGAUCGACGGUCUUCUGCGCUGCCACCUGAGGCUGUAUCCCAAAGCACAUAGGGGUUCUGCUCAAAAAGUAGUGCGCACUAUAUAGGGAAUAGGUUGCCAUUUGGGACGCAGGCGGAGCGUUCAAUGGUCUUUCACUCUGCCGUCUCAGAAGCACUGAAGAGAGGAGACUUGCUCUGGUUCUGAAAGAACACUCUAGAACACGUUCUAGAAUCUCCUCGACAAACCAUGACAACAACAAUGGGUGCGUUCGUAAAUUCAUUCUGGAGAGCCUUGUCAGAUUGUAAAUUCAGAGCGCACAACGGCAAUCAAGCACCCAAGCUAACUGGCUAACGGUGGCUAGCUUGCUAGCUACUUCCAGACACAUAAUGAGAGAACAGCUCACUCUGACCAUUUUACUCUCCCUAGUAGAGCUGGUUAGGCUGUUUACAUGUUAUCCAGAGUGUUGGUGACAGUAACUGUGCUGCUGGCAACAAUUGAAUUAGUAUUUUUUAUUUUAUUUUGCAGAGGUUUACUGACACCGGUCGUAUUCAACGGGUGUUGCGUGUUUUAUAAAUGAAUCAGUUAUUCUGUCCCUCUCUCACACUGACGACAGUGUUCUGAAAUGGGAGUAGAUAGCCAGAGGGAAUUUACGAACGCACCCAAGGACAGCAACUACCACAAGUAGCAACCCAUAGGAUUUUAAAUAAACAACUAUAGUUUGUGAAAUGUUAAUCAUCUUUAAAAUAUUUAGUUUUUCCAUUUCCCCCAGUGUAAUUAUUUAUCCAUCAUUGUAAUAAUGCAUGUGUUGUAUAAAUGAUGUACUAGGAAACAACAACAAAAAAUACCAGCAUCAAAGUGGAAGACAGGAAUCCUCAUUGACUAUCACUACUAUGGACAUCUACCUACGAAACCACAUUACUUAACAAUUUUUCUAAAGUUUUCCGCUACCUAUUUUGUUAUUGAGAAUACUUGCCGUUUUCAAUCCCCUCCACCAGAGAGAAGUAGCGCUAUAUUUAGGAAGCUAUAGUUAUAUUUAAGGAAACUUAAAGGACUGCUGCACUCAUGAAAUUAAACUAUUCUAUUUAGAGGAUUAUAAAUGCUAACAGAAUUAGCUUAAAAGCUAAAGCAGAGUUAUUAAGGAGACUUUUCAUCCCACAAUGUGUGUAUCUACAAGGUUAACCAGGAAGAGCAUCUGUUUUUCUGGAUCGUUUAUCCCUUCUGCAAAAUCCUUUAAAAAGUUGGAUGGUAAAACUGUUUAGGAGAGCGAGGGGGGAGAGAGAGAGAGAGAGAGAGAGAGGCACAGGGAGAGAGGGACACAGGGAGAGCGAGAGAGAGAGAGAGGGGCACAGGGAGAGAGAGAGAGAGAGAGAGAGAGAGGGGCACAGGGAGAGCGAGAGAGAGAGGGGCACAGGGAGAGAGAGAGAGAGGGGCACAGGGAGAGAGAGAGAGACGGGCACAGGGAGAGCGAGAGAGAGAGGCACAGGGAGAGGGAGAGAGAGAGAGAGAGAGGGGCACAGGGAGAGCGAGAGAGAGGGGCACAGGGAGGGAGAGAGAUAGAGAGGCACAGCGAGAGAAGUUGGAUGGUGAAACUAUUUAUUUGUUUAGGAGAGAGAGGCAGCGAGAGGGGAGUUUUACACUUUAUUUUGCUCUUGGUUUUUCUGUGUUUUUGUUUGAUUAUUUCCAUCAUUCUCUUUCUGUGAGGAGAAAACCUGUACAAGUUGGGUGCCAUUUGUUAGUGUGAUGUAUUAAGUCAUUGAUGUUCCAGCGGUGGAUCGAUAUUAUGGUGGGAGAAGAGAUGGGCCUAAAAUAACAAACACUCAGCUGCUUUUCUAAAAGGAGUCCAUUAAAGGGAUAGUUCACCCAAAUUACAAAAUGACACAAUUGAUUUGCUUACUCUGUAAGCAGUCUUAUGGAAAAGGUAUGAUGGCAAUCCAUGAUUUGGUUUUAUUUCCUGACACUGUUUUAGCAUUUUUGGCACAAAUCCCAUUCACGUCAUGCUAGCAAUUUAUUAGCAUUUUUCGCACAAAUCCCAUUCACGUCAUGCUACCGAUUUAUUAGCAUUUUUGGCACAUAUCCCAUUCACGUCAUGCUACCGAUUUAUUAGCAUGUUCCGGCAUCAUGUCCAAAUCAUCUGAAAGUAUCUCAAAUGGAUUCUGAAGCUCAACAGAGUCACUUACAGCAAAGAUGUUCUAUUAUAUUGCCAAGAUAAUUGAGUGGGACCAUUCUAGCCAAUGAGAGGGCAGAUACGAGUGUGAACAACAGGCACAACUCCCAUAUAAAGUAGUUUUUUUCACAGUUGCCGAAAUGCCACGGCAUCCAUUUGUAACAACCUAACAUGCUGACUAGACCGGGUACGCAGACACUCGUUGGCGCACGUGAGCAGUUUGGAAAUAGAGCCAACUAGCCAAACAGACGCUCGUUGAUGUGCGUGAGCAGUUUGGAUGAUGUGCUGCAAGUCCCGCCUCUCCCAUCACCUCAUUGGUUUUUAGGAGCAUAUACCCAUGUGGGUGAUUGAAAGAUGAACUGAGGUCCACAUUCCAGUCCAGUUGGUGGUGGUAAUGCACCUUAAAGUUGGUUACCAAACCGCCAUAUAAAGUCCACAGAAGAAGAAGAUAAUGAUGACUAUAAACCAACUAGGUUUCCCCUUUUUAUCUGUGGAUUAAUUGUCAGAGUAGAGAAAACACGAUGUUGUGUGACUCAAAAUGGGUCGAAAUUCUAGAAAGAUCCAGGAAGAAAAAAGGGACCUUGUGCAUUUCAGGUAAAAUAACAACCCAAUGUUUAUAUCCCAGGACAAAUUAGCUAGCAACAGUAAGCUAGCUAGCCAAAAUGUCCAUUAAUGUGUUAGUUGGUGCAGAGUUCGUUUUGGUAUUUCAACCUACGCGUCCAGAUAUUCGUCUGGUGAGGAUGUAGAAAAUCCACAUGCGGGCGAUGGCGCACGCGCGUGCCCUAGUCUGCAUAUAAACCUCACAUAGCAAAUUAGCAGUUCACUUUUUUUGUUUGUCAAUCCAACACUUAUUGAGAGAUUUCGGGCGAAGUAAACCCUCUCGUUUUGCAAUCUUCUCUUCUGAUAGAUGAUUGGUACAUACUGUAAUGCUAACAUCAGUACCAUGACUUUGACUUGAGAUGUGUGCCACAAAUGCUAAAAACGUUAGCAUUUGGAAACGGUGCCAGGUAAAAGAAAUGGAGGAACUUAUUCAGGAAAGAUCCAGUGUAAUAUAUUAUAAAAAAUGAAGCGAACUGGAUGGAAUAUGGGCAAAAAUGCACCAAAUUCUUUUUUAAAUCUACAACAUAGAAAUGCUACCAAAAAUAAUUUACCGAAACUACAAAUGAUGUAGUUGCCCAUGAUUCACCAAACUAUAUUUUGAAAGAGGAAGUAAAGUACUUUAAGAACAUG